AUGGUUGAUGGCUUCAACGAUCCGGAAUGGCGUCUAGAAAAAGACUCCCCAAUCGCUCAGUCAACGACGCUCGGCUGGAUCAUUUAUGGUUCUGUGGACACCGCUACAUCAAAACUGACCACCUAUGGUCAUCAUGUCACUGUUGAUGAUCAACUACAAGACUUUUUGAGCAAGUUUUGGUAUCAAGAAGAGCCACAGACAGAAUUCGCUACACACUAUACUGAAGAAGAAGAAGAGUGUGAACAACACUUUGUCAAUACACACUACAGACAGUCUGAUGGUCGAUAUGUCGUUCGCUUGCCGCUUAAAUCCUUACCAAGUCAACUGGGUGACUCGCUACGAGCUGCACAAUACGCUUUACUACGUCUUCGCAAACGAUUGGAGAGUGAUCCAGUCUACAAGAAGUUGUACUUCGACUUCUUGAAAGAAUAUGAAGACUUGAAACACAUGAGACGAGUAAAAUUAAAGGAUUUACCACCGAACAGUUACCUGUUGCCUCAUCAUGGGGAUCUAAAAGAACAGAGCACCACCAUCAAGCUCAGGGUAGUAUUUAAUGGGUCCUGGAAAACAACAUCUGGCGUAUCUGUCAACGAGAUAUUACAUGUGGGCCCCAAGAUUCAAAUUGACAUCAGUGACGUACUUAUUCGCAUCUGCUGUCAUCGCUAUUUAUUCGCUACUGACGUAACUAAAAUGUUUCGUCAGAUUGCAGUUGACAAGGAAGAUCAUCAUCUACAGUGCAUACUCUGGUUUGACGAAGACUACAUCCCAACAAUGUUUGCACUCGCUCCGGUUACUUAUGGAACAAUAUCAGCUCCAUAUCUCGCUGGGAGAGCACUUUUACAACUCGCUGAAGAUAAAGAAAAUAAAUUUCCAAAAGCUGUUGAACCGCUAACAAAUUCACGCUAUGUUGACGACAUCUAUGGAGGCACAGAUGAACUCGCUGAGGCAAUUCAAGUUGCUCUCGAAACAAAAAAUAUGUGUGCCGCAGGAUGUUUUCCGCUUGCCAAGUGGGCAAGUAAUUCAACGAAAUUACUCUCUCAAGUCGCUCCAGUGGAAACCCAAGAAGAUACACCAAGAGAACUUGGGGAUACUACGGUAAAAGUACUCGGGUUAACCUGGAAUUCAACACAGGAUAAAUUUCAGUUUGGCUAUUCGCUUCCAGAAGCAUCACCAACUACUAAACGCACAAUUUUGUCUGAAAUUGCUCGCUUGUUUGACCCGCUUGGGUUUUUGGCACCGAUCAUCGUGAGAGCCAAGAUGUUCAUGCAGAAGCUCUGGCUGCAGAACUUCGACUGGGAUGCUACGCUAUCACCGUUGCUUCUUCAAGAAUGGAAUUUAUUUCGAGAUGAACUACAUCAGAUCUCGAAGAUUCAGAUACCUCGCUGGAAUCAUAUAAAAAAUGGUGUAUCGAUUGAAUUACAUGGAUUCUCUGACGCUUCACAACUCGCUAUGGCUGCUGUCGUUUAUCUAAAAGUUACUGAUGCUACUGGAUGCUCCAAUAUUUCGCUAGUGUGUGCCAAAACACAAGUUGCACCACUGAAACCCAUCACAAUACCAAGAAUGGAGCUUACUGCCGCUGUCUUACUCGCUCAACUGGUACUCUACGUCAAGAAAGUCUUGAAACUUGAAAAUAUACCAAUUUUCUUGUGGACAGACUCCGCUGCAUCCUUAACGUGA